AAGAGCCAAGGAAUUUACAGCUACAAAUAUUACCCUUUCUGCAUUUCUACCUGUCCAUACCCCCCAAGUAAUGAGCACAUAUCUGCAGCAUGUCAAAGUGAUGGUCCGCAAGGUAGUAAGUGCAUAAGAAUAAGGAGGAAACAAGGAUCCAGCAUUGAUAUUUCACGAGGAAUACAAGUAUUUACUACGUCAUACAGUUGUGAUUGAUCGUCGCUGACAGAUGCAGAGCCAGUUCUUCUAGCUUGGUGUCACUCCGCUGUCGUGUGACAUCAUCGUCUGUAAAUGAGUAAGAAGCUGAAGGCGGAAGAUGCAGAAGGACUGUCUUAGAGCAGACGAUUCUUCCUCCUAUGAAGACUUCACAUCUCUUCUCUUCACCUUGAGGAGAAAUUACAAUGAGCUCCGAGAAAUUCUCAUUACCUAACCACACCAAGGAGGAGCAAGAUAUCUUCCAGAAAGCAUUCGCCAGAGAUUUAGAGAACUUAAAGACAAAUGCGGCUGUUAGUCCGUCCUUCUGUUUUUUCUAUGUAUCCAUCUGCAGGAUGUCAUCACUGUCCUUAUACACUGAGAAGGAAGCUGAGACUAUAGUUCAGCUCAGUAACCCUCCUGACAAGCAGUUGGCUCUCCUGGAGUCUAUAGAUGAGAAAGGCCCGCAAGCAGUUGCAAUAUUUUACCUAUUACUAAACAUGAAUGAUGAGAAAGCGUAUGGAGAGCUUCCCAGCUGCAAGGAAAAUGAUGAGAAGAUGGCACUUAUAUCAAAUAUGAAAGACAGGACACUCCAUUUAUUACAACAUAAAGUCUCAGAAAUGUUGCAUACAUCUACACCUGUACUUUUUCAAGGCCCUCCUAGGCCAGCUGCCUCUGUAGGAACUGUUAGGCCCUUUAUAACCACAAAGAAUGAGGAAGAAGAUGCCUUACUUCAUACAAAUGAAAAGAACCAUCUGGAAGAGAAAAAUGUCAAUGAAGAUGAGGACAUUUCUGCUUCUGACAGAGGUAAACUCGACCGGCAACAAGGAAAAUUCCAUGGAACUCAUAGAAGAGGAUGGGGAAUAAAGAAAGAUGAUGAAUUUUUUCACUUCAUAAUUGUGUGUUUUGCCCUGGGUGCAGUCCUGGUAUGUGAAUACUACUACUCUGACUGGACAGUUUCUGCCGGAAUUGGUUUAAUUGCAUUUGCAACACUGGAAACCAUUGGGAUCUAUUUUGGCCUGGUUUACAGAAUCCGGACUGUUGUGGAGCAGUUUAUGCCUUUAUUGUCAAGAGUUACACUGGGCUUUAAGAAAAAGGAAUAGCCAGUAAUGGACCAUACUUCUGGCCAUGUGACCUCAGGGAAAUACUGCACAUAUGAAGAGUGAGGCCGUCUACAAAGCAUGGGACACUGAAUAAGUAGGACAAGAUAUAUCACACAACAGUCCUAGAAUCAAAUUCUGGUGUAUUGAUCUGUAAUGGAGAAAAGUGUUGAUGGACUGGCUGCAAACUACACAACUACAUCACUUGACAAUAACAUGACCACAUCUCAGGGUUUAUGCUAUGAAUGUAACAACCAGCACCCCGGCAGGUCUACUACUAGAUUUGGACUAUCAUAAAACCCUUUGGUGGUAAAGGGCCGGUUUGGUAGACUGGGGGGGUCUGAGUGUUGUGGUCGUAAUAAUAGACUGAUCUAUUAUUGUGAGUUUGUAACCUCUAUUACAUGAUGACUGUCUUAAUUAUUAUGUUCUGUACCAUCAUUGUUUCUUUAUUUAUUUCACUAUGUAUAACAAUGCAGGGUUUAGGCUACUUUGUAUUACUCUACAAUGUUUCUAGUCAUGGGGAAUAUUUAC